UCCUGUGUUAUCGAUAGCCGCUGACAGGAGCUCAUCCCAGUUCAGUUUUCGAACAAUUUCAUAGUCCCCGUCAAGGAGAAGGAGAAAAUUCAUCCUUCCACUUUUCAUCGAUAGCGAGAUGACCUCGAGCGUCCCAUUCAUCGUACGGCUUGUAUCUAGCUCUGUAUCUAUCGCGAAUCGAGCAGGAAGUGUUAUCAGGGACAUUCUAAAAAAAGGAGAACUCGGUAUUAUCGACAAGUCUGCUGCAGGUUCCGGGAAGUUCGACCCACAGACUGAGGCUGACCGUGCUGCCCAGCGAUGCAUUAUUGGCUCCUUACUGGUGCAGUUCCCUAGCCUGCGAAUAGUAGGAGAAGAAGAGGGCAUUGACGCCAAUGACCUGGGGGAUGACUUACUAGUCACUAGCCAAGACUCUUCUAUCUUAGAUGUCAAAUGCCCUGAAAACCUCAACAACAUCAAAGCUGAAGAUGUUGUUGUAUGGGUGGACCCAGUAGAUGGAACAAAGGAAUUCACUGAAGGACUCCUGCACCACGCCACCGUCUUGAUAGGCGUGUCCUACGAGGGGCGUCCUGUUGCUGGAGUCAUCCAUCAGCCAUUCUUCGGCCAUAAUUCUUCUUCAGAUCUCUCCAAACUUGGCAGAACUCUCUGGGGUAUAAACGGUCUGGGCGCAUUUGGAUUCAAGACAAAGCCUAUACCUGAUGGCCGACGUAUUAUCACAACUACCCGCUCCCAUUUGACACAGGAUGUCACCGAUGCUAUAGCGGCAAUGAAGCCCGAAAGUGUCCUUAAAGUAGGAGGUUCCGGUUAUAAGGUCCUCCUCCUUCUUGAUGGUGAUGCUGAUGGCUAUAUAUUUGCCAGCCCAGGAACAAAGAUGUGGGACACCUGUGCAUGUCAAGCAAUACUAGAGGCUGUGGGAGGCAAGCUGACCGAUAUCUGUGGCAAUGAAGUGGUGUAUGAUUUUGAUGCCGAAUCCUAUCUUAAUAGGUUAGGUGUGGUUGCUGCACUAAGGGAACAUGAAUGGUAUAUCGAAAUGAUACCAGACACAGUAAGGGACGGACUCAGGAAAAAACAGAAACUUUGAGACCUUUUUUUACGAGUAAAAGGCAACAGAAGGCAGUGAAACACAUGUUAAAAAAUAGGCAUGGAG